AUGUCGGAUGACAGCGUGGCUUAUAGUUCGCAGGCGGAAGCCUCGCAAGGGGCACCCAAGGCAAAGCAUCUUCGUCUCCCCAAUGGAGUGUACGCUCCCACUCUCGCCUUCUUUAGUCAUUCCGAGGACAUCGACACAGUAACUCUCGAGCAUCAUGUCACCAGACUGAUCAAAGCAGGGGUAGCAGGCAUCGUUAUUCACGGUUCUAUCGGCGAAGCAGUGCACCUGACGAGGGAGGAACGCAGCACCAUGAUCAGGUGCGCAGCCGAUACUAUCUACAGAGAGUAUUGCGACAGACUCAAGAAUACUCGCGCUCCAUUGAUCGCCGCGUGCGGUGCUCAGUCGACGCGUAGAACACUUCAACUCUAUCGAGACGCAGCCCAGAGCGGCGCGUCUCAAGCAUUAAUCACAGUUUCAAGCUACUACGCAUCUGUCGUCAACAAUGAAAUGAUCAUACAGCACUUCUACGAAGUCGCGGACAAAUCCUUCAUCCCAUUAAUCAUCGACAACUUCCCGGCGGCAGCCUCGGGACUAGAACUCGCCUUGGACGACAUUCUCCGUAUCGCGAAGCACCCCAACUCCAUCCGCCAGUGUCAUGUACUCGGGGCGAACGGAACGAUCGCGGGCCUCGCCAACUUCGCAACAUAUGCGUGCGUGCGUGUCAGGGGGCUCUCUGAUCGAGGUGAGUUCCUUGAGGCGCAGCAUCUACAGUCUGUCAAUGCGAGAGGGAACUCAGUCGUCACUGGCCUAGGGCUCGUGGGUAUUAAGGCGGUGGUCACUUUUUGGAAUGACUACGGAGGCGCGCCGCGGAAGCCCUGCUACCUGCCGCCGCUUGUUGAGGUCAUCAAAGUUUCAGAGGAGCUGAGUGAGCUGUUCCGAGCAGAGUACGAAGCGAAAGCGCCGGCUACGAGAUGUUGA